AUGGGCGAGCAUAUCACCUUCUCGGAGCCCAAUCACACCGAAUGGACCAUUGUCGCUAGGAUCUCCCAGCAAAACUCCCAGAAUGACGAGUCCGACGUUGAAGCUGGGUAUGGACCCUCGUACGCCGUUGCGACCUUCCGUGUCAGCAGGGACUUAGAUGGCCAACAGGCCUAUAUGCGUGUCUACCUACAAGUUCCCCAUCAAGGAACCGAGUUCUUCCCACCUAAUGAGCGAGCUAAACAGGCCGCUGCUAGAGGCCACUGCGAGGUCGAAGCUAUCAGGGCCUUCCACAAACAAAAUUCGACUAUUACACCUGCUCUCCUUGGAAUAAAAGAGGAUGUCCAGGACCAACAAGGGGUUAUCCCGGGGGGCUACGCUAUCCACUUUGUCUUCCAACGUGUCCCUGGAUAUCGUCUCUGGGAAGAUCAUGUUAUGCCUAAAUAUAGAGCCCAGCCUCAUAGAUUCUUUACAGAUUUCACCCUUCCCGAGCGAGAUCAGAUUAGAGAAUCGUUUAAUAAGGGGUAUCGCGAGCUGAAUAAGCUGGAUGGAGAUGUUCACAAGGCAGGUUCUCACGAUGAGGAUGUUGUUCCUGAUGGCAACGAUACACUGGAACCGAAAGAGAUGGCCCCGAUUGUACGUUGGGGGAUUUGGGGCCUCGCUAUUCCCCCUGAUAAGCGGCAAGAACUAGCAGAUAUUUCUAAGUGGACGCUCUAG